AUGCUGGUAGGGCCUAUUCAACUGCCUCCUGCCCUUCAGGCCAGAAUUGCUGAACGCAGGAAGAAAUUGGAAGAAGCGGUUUGUUUUUUUUUUGGAACAUUUUCACGUUAAAACAAUCUAUUACAAAAACGUUUUCAGAAAAAGUUCAUCGAUGGCGUCGCAAAAUUCGUCACCAAAAGUCACCAAGUGUGCAAGUUUCUUCUCUUUGGAUACUUCACUCUCAUGAUGCUCUUCGUUUUCGUUGUCGACUCGGAAAGCUAUAAUUUCAGAAAGGUACUGACAGUUUUGCGAUCUAAAAAACUGGGUGGUCCUGGCUAUGACAUCCGUUGCAAUUAUGAUUCUUUCCAUGUAAACCACUAAUUUCCAGAUGGGCAAAGAAGUGUUCGGAGUCAUUGCGAUUGUCGUCACCACUCUCGGCGCCACGUGUCUCUCGGCAGUCCUCGGGCUCAUUCACCAUCGUGCUGUGUUCGUGAUGCCUCUGCUUUUUCUCCAAAUUUGCAUUCUUGGAUACGGAAUUGCGAAUUACCUCUUUCCAUACGGCGUUCUCCAGGAAAGUAUUCACUCGUUGAGAACAGGUAAUUCCGUCUUUUUGUGUUGCACAAAUGAAGGUGAUUUUCAGAAAACGACUUUGGUCCUGGCUUCCUAUCCCAUUACCUUACCAACCUAACUUUCUUUGGUCUCAUUCUGCUCCGUUUGUCUCCUCUGCUUGUCCAGUUCUGCUUCACCGUCUUCACAUUCAACGUUGCGAAAAAACUCCUUUUCAUCGAGGUAAACUAGCAAAUUUUUCAAUUUUUCAUAACCGUGAACUUUAUUUCAGCAAUUCCGCCCGGUCUGUCGCCUGCCAUCGCAUCACGGAACUGAAAGAUGCGCCUCGCCGCGUGCCCCAUGCAACAGUCGAAUCUGGUCUUCGAUCCGCCGCAAGAUUUAUUCGAGACACCCACAACAGAACAUUGAUCAGGUGCAACGCCUUCCGAAACGCGAGUUGAUUUACGAAAUGUCGGCCAAGUUUCGUGCCUCGGCCUUCCCAAAUGUCGUUUGUUAA